AACCUCAGUAUCGUCACCUUCAUCUUCAUAUCAUCCAAAAUGGUGCUGUGCUGUUCCAUCUGCAAUCUACCUUUGAACGAGCCGACGAAUACAGUCAUGUCGGUCACCUCAUGCGGACAUGUUGUCCACCAACACUGCCUAAAAACAGUCAAGGGUAAAAUUCACUGUCAAUCUUGCCAAAAGGGGAUUCAUCGCUACAGCUCUUAUCCAUGUUAUCCAGAGUUUGAAGCUGAAGAAAGUGUUCCAGUAAUGCCAACUCCAGCAGCCACCACGCCAAAUUUGCUUGGGCUCCCAGCACUCCACGCCAAUUUGACCACGGACACCAAGGAAGGCGAUGAGACAUGCCAGCAGCAAGUUGUGACAUGUCAGCACCCAGAGUGCCUUCAGAACGUCGCACUUCACAACACACUUGUUGAUGACUGCAACGCUUUGUCCAAGAAAAUCGAAGACCUGGACAAGGAACUGGAAGCAGAGCUCGAGCUGAAUACAAAGCUGAAACAAAAUUCAAGUGGGAGAAUAAAUGCAAACCCACGCAAACGGAGUGCAGAUGACUCAACAAGUGAAAAUCAAGCACAAGAUUUGGCAGGAGGUGGAUUUCCUGAUCCGGAUCCCGAAGACGUAGAAAUGCGCGACGUUGAAGAAGACAAAGCAGAAACCGAAGAAGAAGAAGAGGAUGAAGAUGAGGCGUCUGAUCAGACUGAGGACGAUGCAGAAAACGACAAUUUCGAUGAUACCGACCAAGACUCGGAAGAUUCGUCCAGUGAUGAAGACGAUUUGGAAAGACAAGGUGGCACUGGUACUGAUAGCCAAGACUCGGGUGAUGAUUCUGAAAAUGAUUCGGAAAUUGGUGACAGCGAAGAUUCAGGUUCCGAUGAAGAUGACGAUACAGAGUGAGGGGAUGAAUUAUGACCAUUGAUCUUACAAAAAAAUUAACCUUCUUAUAUUUAUUCGGAACACCGUACAAAAUGAAACUAAUUUAGAUUUAGAAGUAUAUUAAAAAUCAGAAUUGGAAAACCAAUGUAAAAGAUAUACAUAUAUUUCUUUCCAUACGUACUUAUUUAU